AUGUCAAAAAAAGCGGUGGCUGGCGGACCCCAGGUGUGCAAGGAAGCAGCUGACAGACUCCGGGUGCUCAAGAUCGCAGAGAGUGGGCCGUGGGCAAGCAGGCAGUGGCUGGAAGACUCCGGGCAUGGAGUGGCAAUGGGCAGACGCAGUGAGGCAGCAAUUGUGGAGCAGGGCACAGCACGCAAGGGCUAUGAGUCCGGUGGUUACAACUUCAAUCCCUCUUCUUGCCUUUUAUCUCCUAGAAAGAAGCAGAAAAAACCACUCAACAUAGAAAAUGUCUCCAAGGAAUGCAGAGGAGGGAAGCAAGCUCCAGUGCAGAAUGAAGAAGCCUGCCCUUUGGAAGGUGGGGAAGGCCAGGAGCCUAGAGGAAAUAUUAGAGGGGUUUGGGCUUCACCUGCUAAGGAUUUUAGGAAGUAUAUGUCCAAUAGGCUUGUCAAUAGCAUUGACAUGAUCAAUGGAAAUGCAAAUAAUAUGGAACACUUCAUGGAGGAGAUGAGAGAACUAAGGAGGAAAAUUAGAGAGCUUCAAUUGUAGUACAGUCUGCACAUUCUUAUAGCAGAGCCCUCUCACCAUGAUCAUCAUGAUGAAUUUUGUCUUAUUCCCUGA